AUGAAUGCACCUGGAAAUAAUCAAAUGAUUGCCCCAAAAAUUCAAAAGCAAUUGGUGAAUGCUUGUGCAGUUGAGACCACAAAUGCUAUUCUAGCUGAUCUUGGAGAUAGGUGGUUCACUUUACUACUUGAUGAGGCUCGUGACUGUUCAGUGAAAGAGCAAAUGGCAGUUGUUAUUGGAUAUGUGAACAAACAUGGAGAGGUGAUUGAACGAUUUAUGGUUGUAGUUCAUGUUGCAACAACUACAGCUGCUUGUUUGAAGGAGGCAAUCGACUCUUUAUUUGCUAAGUAUGGUUUGUCAGUGGCGAGAUUGAGGGGUCAAGGAUAUGAUGGUCCUUCAAAUAUUGGUUGCAAUGCUGCUCAAGCAAAUCAAUAUGUUUGUGAUUUCAUGUGGAUUGUUGGUUCGAUUGUGAACACAUCUGCAUCAUCUUGCAAAAGGGCCGACAAACUUCGACAACUUGAACAUGACAGAAAAGUUAAACUUCUUGAAAGAGGAGAGAUUAGUUCUGGUAGAGGACUAAACCAAGAAACUAGUCUAGCUAGACCUGGAGAUACACGAUGGGGGUCUCAUCAUUCAACUUUAUGUCGUAUUGAACAAAUGUGGCCAUCUGUUAUAGAGGUUCUUCAAAAUUUGAUUGAUGAUGGUGAUCGUUCUUCUAAGGGUUUAAGUAGAACUUUGGUUGAAAGAAUGGAGAGAUCAGAUGAACGGUUUGAAGUCAUUUCAGAUUUGGGAGCUCUUGCAAAGAAAAUGAUUGAAAUAAUGAAGAACCGUGUGUUUCUUUUGGUUUAUCGGAUGAUUGAGCUAGCCUUACUUCUUCCAGUUGCUACUGCAAUCGUUGAAAGAGUGUUUUCGGCAAUGAAUAUUGCCAAAAUAGAUUUGUGA